AUGGCAGAGUCCUUCAUGGACCAUCAAUCAAACCAAAGUUGCAGAGAAGAAAAAGAGAAAAUGGUGAUCAACACGUUAGCACCAAAUGGGGGCAAUGGUGAAUUCAGCUACUCCAAAAAUUCUUACUUUCAGAAACAAAGUUUAGGAGUUGAAGAGAGUAAGAUCGAAGAAGAAAUCCACAAGAAGCUGGACGUGAAAAAACUAGCUUCUGCAUCCAACAUGAUUAUUCGUGUUGUGGAUUUGGGAUGUGCCACUGGUCCAAACACCUUCAUGAAUGCACACAAUGUGGUUGAAGCCAUCAAUCUCAAGUACCAAAGCCAAUGUCCAAACACUGAAAUAAAACCAGAAUUUCAAGUCUUCUUCAAUACCAUCCAACGAUUCAACACCCUUUUCACCUCCUUGCCUCAAGAAAGAAACUACUUUGCAUCUGGGGUUCCUGGUUCCUUCUACAAUCAACUGAAAAUGAACAGUCCUUCAUGGAACAAAGGUAGAAUUCACCACUCAGGUGCUUCCAAGGAAGUGGUUGACGCAUAUGCAACUCAAUUUGCUGAGGAUGCAGGAAAGCUCUUGGAUGCUAGGGCCAUGGAGCUAGUGCCUGGUGGCAUGUUGGUCAUAGUCAUGCCAAGUUUUCCUUAUGGCAUGCCCUAUUCUGAGGUCAUAAAUGGUAUGCUAUUUGAUUAUAUGGGAUCUAUCCUCUUGGAUCUUUCAAAGGAGGGGUUGUUUGAUGAAUCUAAGAUUGAUUCCUUCAAUUUUCCAUACUAUGCCUCAAAUCCAGCGGAGAUGACAAAGGUGGUAGAAAAGAAUGGGAGAUUCAGUAUUGAAAGAAUGGAGUUGACAAAUCCAGUGCCAUGGUUAAAGAGCAUGGAAAAAGUAAUACCUGAUUGGAUCAUUCAUGUGAGGGUUGUAAUGGAGGCAAUUUUCACCUCACACAUUGGAGAAGAAGUCACUCAUGAAAUGUUCCAACGUCUCACCAAACAUGUGUUGGACAAACGUGAAGUACUGGAAACAAAAUACAACUUUUUGCUGUGUUAA